AUGGACUACUCCCUGUCCAAUGCUCUCGGCUACCGCUCGAGAGGUAUUGGGCACGUCUAUGUAUCAUACGACAUCAUGUGCCAGUACCACGUCCAUCUCCAUGACCGAUUUGACGGCAAUCCUUAUCUUCAAAUGCCGGGGGGCCUCGUCCUAUACAAGUGCAUUGGCCUCUUUCACAUUCACGGUCACAAGGCGGAGUGCGAGCUCCGGCACUCUCUCACCUUCACCGAGGGGGCCGGGGAAGCGGACGGCGAGAUCAUCGAAACCCAAUGGUCGGGGAUCAAUCCCGUGUCGGGUAGUACCCGCUCAAUGUCAACAUCCCACCGGCAGGAAACCCUCGACCGGCACAUGAACAAUUGGAAUUGGAAGAAGAUGAUCACCAUGGUGGCUUCGCUGAGAAGGAAAAUCAAAGCCAAUCGGCCACUGCUGGCCGACAUGAAGGCCGACCUCACCGCAAAGGAGGCCAGUGUCGAUGCCGAGAUUUUGGGAGAGUGGAGGAGGGAACUCAGGAUAGUACAACGACGAAGGCUGCGGGACGUGAAGGCUGAUUUGGUGACAGUGCCUUCGCGGCUCGAACUUCAGAUUAAGCUGGCAGAAGAAGAGGGUAACGGCGGGGACCGCGUUGGCACAGCGGACUGGAUUGCCGACGGCCUGAAGCUUGAAGAGCAACAACUCGCAAUCCAGAAAGACAUAAAGCAAAUGGGGGCCACUGUGACGGGGGCUCAAGAGUUAAAGCUGGCCAAACGCAGGAAGCCUCUCGAGAGUCAGAUCCGGAGGUUCCACCGGCGAGCGGCUGCAAUUCACCGAAGGCAUGACUGGGGCGUGGCAGAGGAGGAAGCAGUGGAUGACGACUCGGCUGCGGAGUGGGAAGACGAUCCCAACGAUCCCCCAGCACAUGCCAACAAUCCAUGGUCCAUCUUUCCCAGUAAACCGCCCGCACCAUACCCAGUGAAGGCGGCGGAACAUACGAAACUCGGGCUACCUUCGAAUUUCACGCGGAAUACUCUAACCGCCAAUGGAUUGCAACGGUUGGCCGCGCACGAGCUCACUCUGCGGCGCGGACAAGCAAAUGAUGCCUUGCAGCAGCUUCGGAUUCUCAUCGGCAAGAAGUCGUUUGAGUUCCAGACAACCAUUCGGCACGGGAGGAAAGAUGGCAACAAGAAGCGCACCCGAUCCUUCACCAAGUUGGGUAAACUCGACCGAGCUGUACAGCUUCAAGCCGCAAUCUAUCGCCGGGCCCGAGCGGCCAUGCAAGUGCUCGGCCUGUCUGCAGAGGAUCAAGCUAAAUAUCAGCAGCUCACCCCAGAUGAUCUAAAGACAGUAACCGCAAUUGCCGAGCCCAACAAGGCCGGCCAGCGGCACAAAUCCCCCUCGUGGAUAUGGAAUGUUAACGUCGGUGGCGACAUACGGAGCAAUGACGAGUUGGGAAUCAUUCACAGGGUACAGUGGUUCCAUGCCCGUUCAAAGGUUGACAGAUUGGAGGAAGAAGCCGCCAUAUUGCGCAGGGAGCUUGACUCCGUGUGCCGAUACUUUGAUCAUGAAGCAUGCCGGUGGCGGGAACUAGCGACCACCAACUCCGAUACCGAGUACCCAGGAUUUUCCCAGCACUGCCGAGCACAAGGCGCACUGUUUGAUCGCCUGCGUGAAGAUGCGAAGGUGGCAUGGCGGGAUCUGUACCUGGAGCCAAAUGUCGUGAUGUAG